CCUGCCCGUUCUUCUUCCAUUAACCCCCCGCGUGCGUUCCCUCCCUCUGUCAGUCUGUCUCUCUCUUGGCGUCGACUGGGCGACCGUCGCAGCCGCCCUAAGCCAGGUACCCAGGCCAUCUUCGGGCCCUUCGCCGGCGACGAGCACCACCAGGAAUUUUCCCAGCUGUAGCAAUGAUGGGUUGCUUCACUGUUCUCAGAUCCAAGAAGAAGAAAAUCCCUUUUGAUAAUCCUCUUCUUCCAAGCAAGAAAUCGGUUGAUGCAAGGGAAAGUACGUCGUCUAGACUUCCGGAACCAGAAGUUCAUGUGCCAUCUUUGCAAUCAGCUCCUCCUAGUUUUAGGAACAGGACUAAGAUAUCCCAGUCGUCAAAUAAAGUUUCAAACAGCAGAGCUCGCGUGUUGUCUGCUCCGUCAACCCUUAUUGUGGUUGAUCAGUUUGGCUUUCCAUAUGCUGAAUACCGAGAUCAAGACGACUCCAGAGAUAAGGAAGGUUCAACAAAGGGGCAUCGCUUUUCAAAUCCUUUGCCCCUUCCUCUUCCUUCACCGGAAGGACAUUCUUUUAGGAACUCUGGUAGCUUCAAAGCUAGCAACGUAAGUGGGCCAUUGGAGAUGUCCGGCCCUCUCCCAUUGCCUCCAAAGAAAUGUGAUGGACUUAGAAUCUUUUCUUACGAGGAGGUUUUGUCUGCUUGCCAAUGGUUUUCAAGUGAUCAGUGUGUUUCAGAAGCACUUGGUUCAACAUCAUACAAGGCAACAUUUAGGGAUGAAUUUAUUGAUACAAAGACCACUGAAGCAACGGUAGCUCGAUUACUCCCCUCCACUCAGAGUUUGAAGGAGUUUAAAACACAAGCAACUACAUUGGCAUUGCUUCAGCAUCCCAAUUUAUGUAAACUGAUUGGCUAUUAUGCAAAAGAAGAUUCUAAUGAAAGGAUGUUGGUCUAUGAACGGCUUCAUCAUGGGAGCUUAGAUAAGCUACUCUUUGGAAGACCAGAUGGUCGUUUCAUGGACUGGUCUAAACGUUUGAAGGUUGCCCUUGGUGCGGCCAGAGGUCUUGCUUUCUUGCAUGAUGAAGGACCCUUUCAGGCCAUGUACAGCGAGUUCUCAACUUUGAACAUCCAAAUAGAUAAAGAUUUCACUGCUAAGCUUUCAGGAUAUGGUUGUGUUGGCUUCAAUACUGAGGAGAUAUCUAAUGCACCUGCGUCUGCAGCAAACCUUUCGGUGGAGACCUUGGAGAAGGGUUUACUCACUCCCAAGAGCAAUGUCUGGAGCUUUGGAGUUGUGUUACUGGAGCUAAUAACUGGAAGGAAGAACCUUGAUGCCAAUUCUUCUAAAGAAGAACGCAAUAUUGUCAGGUGGAGUAGGCCUUUCCUUACUGAUGAUAGUCGCCUAUCUCUGAUCAUGGACUCCCGUAUAAAAGGGCGCUUUCCUACUAAGGCUGCUCGGAUAGUAGCAGACAUCAUUCUGAAAUGCUUGCAUAAUGAUCCAUCCGAGAGGCCGACCAUGAGGGAUGUUGUGGAGGCUCUAGCAAGAGUCCAGGAGAUAAAGGUUCCGUGCAGAUAUCCUUUGCAAGAACCUUCUGCUGCACCAAGAAAAGUAAUGCUAAAAUCUACAUCCCUCAAUGGAAUUGUGCCUCAUCAUCCUGUCAUAACCUUCUCUCCAUCGCCGCCUUCGCAUAACCAGCACUUGAUUUCACCAAGGUCAUCAACAUCUGCCUUGUUUCAUCCAAGGACAUGCUCUUCUACUCUGGAUGAUCCCGGUGUAAGCUCUAUAAAGAAAACACCUCCUAUUAUGCGUAGGUCUAGCGUUGAAGGCUUUUGAUUGUCCAUAUUGUUCUUUUAUUUCUUUUUCUCGGAUUUAUUUGUUUCUUUGUUAGCCUAGUGAUUUUAGCUGUGUUCUGUAUUGUAAGACAAGUGGCCUUAUGUAGUGCCCUUGAGUCUCGAGUAAUAACUAAGCAGAGCAGGAUGAAUUGUAAAUAGUAUCAGGUUGUAGAUACCUUUUUGUGCUCUAAUUGGGUGGAAGCAGCGUGCUGAGUCUGAGUAGGCCUUGUAACCUCAUAAAUAAACUCGUUUCCCAGUUUCUGUUCACCCUUCCCGUA